AUGGUUGUUGAUAAUCCAGAAAAUUGGAACUCAAUGUUGCCAAUAGUCAGAUUAGCAUACAAUACUGCUUAUCAUCGUAUAAUCAGGGACUCUCCAUUUUUUGCUUUAAAGCACAGGUAUCCACAAUGGCCUUAUGUCAUGGUUGCUGAGGAAGUUGCACCCUGGUAUAAUCUGAAUGAUUAUGCUCAGGAACUACGAACAGUAGGGAGUAAAGUCUUUAAAAGAUGUCAGCAUUAUAUCGAGGAGGAAAUUCGAAGGAGGCCUGCAGACAGGCCUAGGGCAAGGCCUUCUCCUAAUACAGUGGGAGACAGGGUAUAUAUAAAGGCUAUAGUUAAGCCGGGAUUGAGUAAGAAAGUGCAACUGCUAUACACUGGCCCCUAUCGAGUUGUCGAAAAGAUCAGUGAGGUGGUGGUUAAAGUUCAAAGGUUAGCGGAUAAAAGGGUGUCAAAGGUUCAUGUUGACAGGAUAAAGAAAGAAGCGUGCCUUUGGCCGGGGCAGGCUUACAACAUUGAUAGGGCUUAUCCUGUACAUGAGGAUAUAGUAGAAGAGGAUGAAGAAGUGGAUGACACAACUGGCUCAGAGUUGGUGGGAAAGCAGGAACACCUGACUGCUCGGAAGAGUACUCAGGGAAGUAAGAAGGAUAGGUGUGGGAGAGAAGGUACCAGCACCUAUGGUUUACGUUCUAAGAGACAGAUAUAA